AUGGCGCGCGACGACGACGACGACGGCGACGUCGACGCGACGCGCGCGAACGCGCCGAACGUCGACGCCGACGCGCGCGCCGGCGACGGGGCGACGGAGGCGGACGCGGCGCGCGAGCGCGAGGAAAGACGGCGCGCGUCGACGAGACGUUGGUUGGAUUUCGUGCACUCGAAGGCGUUCAGAGAUGAAGUGAGCGACGUGUUCGCGCGCGCGAGUGCGGUGCACAGAGACGACGGCGUGAUGGAUUGCACGGAAUUGCAGUUCGCGAUCGAUUUGCUGCACGAACGAUUGCGCGAGAAAGGGGCGAACGGGCACGCGAUGCCGAGGGGACCGCGAGCGGGACGGCGCGAGGCGCGCGAGCUCUUGCGCGACUUUGAUUUGGACAGAGACGGCGCGCUGGACGAGCGAGAGUUUCACUUGUUGUGUCAAAGGUAUUUCAGUAGAUUAGAGUGGCCGAUGUGGCGCGUGUUCACGCGAGGGGCGACGAUCGGGUUGGCGCUGUACGCCGCGCACGAGCUGUGGAUUUCGCCGUUGGCCCAAAACGUGUACUGGAAUCACUUUUACCCGAAAAUCGUGCAAAGGCUCAAGAAGAGGUAUCAGAAGCGGUACGCGGGGCGCGUGAACACGUUUUUGAAGAAAUUCCGCCGACCGCCCAAGAAGGAAGAGCUGCUGGAGCUCGAGCGAAUCGCGCAGGAGGAGUUGAAGAAGAAACGGAUUCGAAGAAUCAAAGCCGCCGCGAGCGCCAGCGUCAUCGGCGGAACGACCUCGGCGUUGGGGAUACUUUAG